UCCCCUCCGCGGUCCGCCCUCCAGGCCUCCCUCCGGUCCGGACUCCGCGCCGGGCACAAGGACCGCCGUCACCCAGCCCGUCGAAUCCCAAAGGAGCGCGACCACCUCCUCGUUCUUUAUUAUUCAUUCAUUUUCCGAAAGAAAGAAAGAAAGAAAGAAAGAAAGAAAGGCGGCGCGGGCCCUCCCCGGAUUGCGGGCGGCGGAGAGGCCCGCGACCCGCCGGAGGGAGGACAGGAGGGACAGGAGGGACAGGGCCCGGGGCCCACAACAGUCACCUCCCACCGCUCGGGCGGCUCCGGGGCCGGUGGAGGACGAGGACCAGGAAGACACUGGCCAUGGCGCUCGACUUUCUGGCGGGAUGCGUCGGGGGUGCCGCAGGUGUGCUCGUGGGACAUCCAUUUGACACGGUUAAGGUCCGCUUGCAAGUCCAGAAUGUAGAGAGGCCUCUCUAUCGGGGGACCUUCCACUGCUUCCAGUCGAUUGUCAAGCAGGAGAGCGUGUUCGGCCUGUACAAGGGCAUAGGCUCCCCGAUGAUGGGGCUGACCUUCAUCAACGCGCUGGUGUUCGGCGUCCAGGGGAACACCAUCCGGGCCCUGGGGAAGGACACACCGCUGAACCAGUUCCUGGCGGGCUCGGCCGCGGGUGCCAUCCAGUGCGUUAUCUGCUGCCCCAUGGAGCUGGCCAAGACACGCCUGCAGCUGCAGGGCACCGGCGAGUACAAGCUCAAGGCCAAGAUGUACAAGAACUCCUUGGACUGCCUGGUGAAGAUCUACCGCCGCGAGGGGCUGCGGGGCAUUAACACAGGCAUGCUGUCCACCCUGAUCCGCGAGACGCCCAGCUUCGGCUUUUACUUCCUGACCUACGACUGCCUGACACGUGCCCUGGGCUGCGAGCUCGAGGACAGCUUUGUGGUGCCCAAGCUGCUGCUGGCCGGCGGCAUGUCUGGCAUCGUCUCAUGGCUGUCCACCUACCCCGUGGACGUCAUCAAGUCCCGCCUGCAGGCCGACGGCGUGAGGGGGGCCAAGCAGUACAGCGGCAUCCUGGACUGCGUGCGCAAGAGCUACCGGGCCGAGGGCUGGCGCGUGUUCACGCGGGGCCUGACCUCCACGCUUCUGCGGGCCUUCCCCGUCAACGCGGCCACCUUUGCCACUGUCACCGUGUUCCUCAUGUACAUGAGGGCAGAGGAGGGGGACCUGGGCGAGUGCGAACGGGGUCCGGCUCUGCAGCAGCCUUCCGGCCUGUAGGCCCGGUGGGGGGCGGCCUGGCGGGGUGGGGCGGGGCCCCGGGCCGUAUUUUUGUAAGACACCCGACCCCUGGGAACUGUGUAAAUAAACCCUGUGUCGGAAACCG